UCGAACUCCGCGCCCUUACUCCGCGUAGGCCCCGCCCCCUGAAGUGGCUACUUCGGGCCACGCCCCCAUCGAGUGCCGAGGCACGCGCUGGGCGUCACGUGCGUUCACGGCGAGCGGAAAUGACGUGAGUUGUGGGCGCCGUCAGUAUGGCCGGGUUAUGGCGGCGGGCACAGGCUACGUGCGAUUGUGGGGCGCUGCGCGGUGCUGGGCGCUGCGGCGGCCGAUGCUGGCUGCCGCCGGGGGGCGGGUCCCCACAGCAGCUGGAGCGUGGUUGCUCCGAGGCCGGCGGAGUUGCGACGCCUCUCCUCCUUGGACCCUGUGGGGUCGAGGCCCGGCAAUUGGGGGCCAGUGGCGGGGACUUUGGGAAGCGAACAGCCGCGGCGGAGGCGCUUUCUCGGGAGAAGACGACGCCUCCGAGGGCGGCGCGGAGGAAGGAGCCGGGGGUACGGGGGGCAGCGCAGGCGGCGGGGAAGGCCCGGUCAUUACGGCGCUCACGCCCAUGACGAUUCCCGAUGUGUUCCCGCACCUGCCGCUCAUCGCCAUCACCCGCAACCCGGUGUUCCCGCGCUUCAUCAAGAUUAUUGAGGUAAUGGGAGUCCCCGCCUCGGCCUCAGGUUUCACACCUCUGCAAGAUGGGGAAGAGAGGCAUUGGUGUGGGACGAAGCGAAUGCCUGAAUCUGGCUGGAGCCUAAGAGGCGGAGAGGACACUGUUUGGGAGGCCCCGAGAAAGCGGCUCAGUCUUCAGCCUGGGGACCCUGUGGCCACCCUGUGGCUCCGGGGGCCUGGGCUCAGCGGGACCAUUGGACCACCUGUGCUGCCAGGGAGGCCUUGGCCAUGGCCAGGGCGGCUCCCAGCCUCAGCGGCUUCAUGCUGGCCUUGCUCCCACGUCAGGGUUCAUAUCAGCAGACAGCUGGAGGUGGAGCCCGAGGAGCCAGAGGCGGAGAACAAGCACAAGCCCCGCAGGAAGUCGAAGCGGGGCAGGAAGGAGGCGGAGGAUGAGCUGGGCACCAGGCACCCGGCCGAGCUGGCGAUGGAGCCCGCCACCGAGCUCCCGGGCGAGGUGCUCAUGGUCGAGGUGGAGAACGUCGUUCACGAGGACUUCCAGGUCACGGAGGAGGUGAAGGCCCUGACUGCAGAGAUCGUGAAGACCAUCCGGGACAUCAUCGCCUUGAACCCUCUCUACAGGGAGUCGGUGCUGCAGAUGAUGCAGGCCGGCCAGCGGGUGGUGGACAACCCCAUCUACCUGAGUGACAUGGGUGCCGCGCUCACCGGGGCUGAGUCCCACGAGCUGCAGGACGUCCUGGAGGAGACCAACAUUCCCAAGCGGCUGUACAAGGCCCUGUCCCUGCUGAAGAAGGAAUUUGAACUGAGCAAGCUGCAGCAGCGCCUGGGGCGGGAGGUGGAGGAGAAGAUCAAGCAGACCCACCGGAAGUACCUGCUGCAGGAGCAGCUGAAGAUCAUCAAGAAGGAGCUGGGCCUGGAGAAGGACGACAAGGACGCCAUCGAGGAGAAGUUCCGGGAGCGGCUGAAGGAGCUUGUUGUCCCCAAGCACGUGAUGGACGUGGUGGAUGAGGAGCUCAGCAAGCUGGGCCUGCUGGACAACCACUCCUCGGAGUUCAACGUCACCCGAAACUACUUAGAUUGGCUCACAUCCAUCCCUUGGGGCAAGUACAGCGACGAGAACCUGGACCUGGCCCGGGCCCAGGCAGUGCUGGAGGAAGACCACUACGGCAUGGAGGACGUCAAGAAGCGCAUCCUGGAGUUCAUCGCCGUCAGCCAGCUCCGAGGCUCCACCCAGGGCAAGAUCCUCUGCUUCUACGGGCCCCCUGGCGUCGGCAAGACCAGCAUUGCCCGCUCCAUCGCCCGAGCCCUGAACCGAGAGUACUUCCGCUUCAGCGUCGGGGGCAUGACGGACGUGGCUGAGAUCAAGGGGCACAGGCGGACCUACGUGGGCGCUAUGCCCGGGAAAAUCAUCCAGUGUCUGAAGAAGACCAAGACGGAGAACCCCCUGAUCCUCAUCGACGAGGUGGACAAGAUCGGCCGGGGCUACCAGGGGGACCCUUCAUCAGCGCUGCUGGAGCUGCUGGACCCAGAGCAGAACGCCAACUUCCUGGACCACUACCUGGACGUGCCUGUGGACUUGUCCAAGGUGCUAUUCAUCUGCACGGCCAAUGUCACGGACACCAUCCCUGAGCCACUGCGGGACCGCAUGGAGAUGAUCAACGUAUCCGGCUACGUGGCCCAGGAGAAGCUGGCCAUCGCAGAGCGUUACCUGGUGCCCCAGGCCCGCACCCUAUGUGGCCUGGACGAGAGCAAGGCCAAGCUGUCGUCGGACGUGCUGACGCUGCUCAUCAAGCAGUACUGCCGCGAGAGCGGCGUCCGCAACCUGCAGAAGCAGGUGGAGAAGGUGUUACGGAAGUCGGCCUACAAGAUUGUCAGCGGCGAGGCUGAGUCCGUGGAGGUGACGCCUGAGAACCUGCAGGACUUUGUGGGGAAGCCCAUGUUCACCGUGGAACGCAUGUAUGACGUGACGCCGCCCGGAGUGGUCAUGGGGCUGGCCUGGACAGCCAUGGGAGGCUCCACGUUAUUUGUGGAGACGUCCCUGAGGCGACCACGGGACAAGGAUGCCAAGGGUGAAAAGGACGGCAGCCUGGAGGUGACAGGCCAGCUAGGGGAGGUGAUGAAGGAGAGCGCCCGCAUCGCCUACACCUUUGCCAGGGCCUUCCUCAUGCAGCAUGCCCCUGACAACGAGUACCUGGUGACCUCACACAUCCACCUGCAUGUGCCUGAGGGUGCCACCCCCAAGGACGGCCCAAGCGCAGGCUGCACCAUCGUCACGGCCCUGCUGUCCCUGGCCAUGGGCAGGCCCGUCCGGCAGAACCUGGCCAUGACUGGCGAGGUCUCCCUCACAGGCAAGAUCCUGCCUGUUGGCGGCAUCAAGGAGAAGACCAUCGCGGCCAAGCGCGCAGGGGUGACGUGCAUCGUCCUACCAGCCGAGAACAAGAAGGACUUCUGCGACCUGGCAGGCUUCAUCACCGAGGGCCUGGAGGUGCACUUCGUGGAGCACUACCACCAGAUCUUCGACAUCGCCUUCCCGGAGGAGCAGGCAGAGGCGCUGGCCGUGGAGCGGUGACGGUCACCCCGGGACUGCAGGCGACAGAUGUCAGGCCCUGCCUGGGCCCGAACAGAGCCCUUCGGGGAGCGCAGCAGGGCCUGGCAGUGGAGCCACCGAGCAAGCAGCUCACUCCAGCGGCCCAGAUCCCAGGGACCCCAGUCGGUUUAAUCAGUGUGGGCGUAGGAACUAUUUAAUCAUUAAAGUCAGUUC